GAGAAGUCUAAGUGUUGGAGUUCUCUUCCUGACUACAUCUCCCUUUCUGUCACAUUUAGAAGGGAACAUGUGGACCAAGAAACAGAUCCGUCGUCCACUCUCGGCUGUAACCUUCAGUAUUCCAUUCGGUCUGGACAGUGACGUGGACGUUGUCAUGGGCAACCCCGUGCAUUCCGCCAGCACCAACAGCCUGACCGCUGGCGUGCCCGCCAUGAUGACUUCAUCGAGCAGAAUGUCAUCUGGGAUGACACGGGUCCCCUACAGCCCCCCCGAGGACCUCAGUCACCUGGUCAGCGCCUCUGUCCCUCAACGCUCCUCCUGGGGCCCGCACACACACUCACACACACCGGCGCUAGGGGAGCUGCCGACAGUCGAGAUCAUCCACACUCCUGGAGGAGAAAGAGGUGGAGGAGGGAAAAGAGGAGAGAAGGGAGAUGGAGGAGGAGGAGGAAGGCCAGAGCCACGCUUGCGUCCAGAAGGAGCUCCUGCAGGUUUCUUCCUUCAUUCUCCUGAAUACGACCUGACCCAGCUCAGCAGCUCCGCCCCUGCCGCUCCGGAAUGCUCUACCGACCAAUAG